UGUUCUUCUUCUACUGCCUUUUUUUUUCUUUCUGUAAUCUUUCUUCUUUUACUGUCCUUCCAUGCUUCAUGAAUUACCUACUGAACUAUUAUGGACGAUAUUAGAUUAUUUGCAAUAUGAAGAUAUUGAUACAUUACUUUCUAUUGGACCUUUGGCACCUAUGGUUUCUACCUACUUGCAAAAACAUUAUCGAUUCCAUUUUCAAGUCGCCAGUUUACUACGAUGUUAUGAAACCUUGACUUCUACUGAACGACAAAAACAAGAUACCCGUUAUGAUACAGCACAACAAAUUUUACAUAUCUUAUGCUAUCAUGUCCAACAAUGUUCUAAAUUUGAUCAACGAGCAGAGUUUACGCAGUUACUUGAUAUUUUACAACAAUUAGUAGUACAACGAGUACUCUGUCCCUCUUUAUCUCAAGGUCUUGAACGUGAUUAUGCUUCUCUUUGUUUGGAAAUUCGACAUAUUUAUCUUCAUACUGCAAGUAUUCGUGGUUUACAUGAUCCCAAAUAUCGACGACGAAGUACAAAACAUCCUUUAGCACCAUUUUUACCUCGCGAUUAUACCUGGAUAUGGAGACAACAUUGUGCGUUAAUCAAUGAAUGGAUUACUCCAAAGAUGCCUUUGGUAGGUACCUCUUGGAUAACCACUCUUUUACCUUCUCUAUCUACAUCAAUACCAUCAUCAACUUCAGCAUCAGAACAUCUUCAAGAACUUUUACUGCGAAGAAGAAAAUUUAUAUUUGGAAUCCAAUUUGGAUGGUACUUUUGAAGAAUGUGUACGGGAAUCAUUAGUAUCAGGUAACGUUGAAGGUCUAUUAUUACUAUGUAUUGCUUCGGAUCGACCUGUGGAUGUGGAUGGGAUGUGCUUAUCAGUUUCCCAUGCUGGAGAACAAUUAUGGAAUUAUUUGGAUACAAUGGAUGAAUGGAUGUCAACAAAUCCUACUCCUGAACAAUUGGCAAGACAACAACAAGAACAAGAUAUAGCUCAAUCAGAUGAAACUUCAAUAUCUCCUCCAGAAUGGUUAAUGCCUGAUCGUUAUAAAGUUCAAGCUGAUACAAAAUUUCGACUCAAGGUAGGAAAAAGUAUUCUAUCAAAACACACGUGAUUUACCGUUUUUAUAUUUUGUGGUAGAUGUUGAAUCAUCUUUAUCAAUUAGGUUGGGAU